AUUUUGGUGUGCACAUAAACCUAAUUAUAAUAGAUAAAAUAAAAUUCCCAGCAUAUAGGUGACGGUUUUUGUUCAAAUAGUACGUGGUGACGUAUGUUAAACAAUUUUGUUCAAUUAAAAUAAGGUUAGGUACGUGAACAUUUUUAUAUUUUUAAUAGUUAAAAUUUCAAGCCAAAUAUCUUUUUCAUUUUGAUUUAUAAUGUUUAACGCGCUGACGUUUCUAAUCAGAUUACAUAAUAUAUAUAGCAGGUGUGUAUAAAAUAACAAUUACGUUUUUAUUCAGUUGUUAGAUUUUAUCGAUAUUUAUAAAUAUAUUUCAACUUGUUCUUACUGCUUAUAGUAGCAAUUCAGGACAGAAGAUCAACAAACGAGAUUAAUUCGAUCAGUCUCAACCCAAAAUUACAUUUUAAGUAAAAAUCCAAAGUUACAAGGAAAUUAGUUUCUCAUAUUACUUUGUACCACAUUUCCAGUUAUAAUCCGUCUCAAUCUUCAUCAUGCUGGCUUUUGGUCGCAAUUAUGGAAGUUACUUGCCGGCGGCAAUAAUACUCGGGUCCGAUAGUUAUCAAAGGUUUUGGUGAUAAUUUUUUUUUUGUUUAUUUAGAGUCGUAAGAAAUGGUCUACGGGGUUAAACAUGCAAUGAUAUGGAAGAAGACGUAAAACAGCGUGUCCAGCAUGUUUUCAGUUUUUGAACUUGAUGAGGCUGGUGCUUUGCGUAGCAGACAGAUCACUCCAACAUUCCCACUUGAAUUGGAAUUUGACAUCCCUGAAUAGCAACAAUCCUGGCAGGGCCGUGCGUUCGGGGGUCAAAUCGCCGUGUACAAUAGCUAGACGAAGGUAUGGAUUAGUAAAGAUACAAGCCAAGCUUUGUCGCUCGCAGAUGGACAUCAUGCCGUACAUACAGAACGCGGCCCUAUUGGCCUCAAGGACAUGUCGGGAUGUUUUCAAGGAUAGAAGAUGGAAUUGUUCGUCCAUAACAACCGCACCCUAUUUAACUCCGGAUUUGACCAGAGCAACCAGAGAGCAGGCCUACGUUUACGCGAUUAGCUCAGCGGCUUUGACUUUCGCCGUGGCCAGGGCUUGUUCCAGCGGGAGUUUGCAUCGGUGCACGUGCGCCUCCAAACCCAGUUCCACGCCAGCCAUUAAUUUCCAGUGGGGCGGGUGUGGGGAUAAUAUCAGAUGGGCGGCCCAGUUUGCGAAAAGGUUCAUCGACAGCGUCGAGAAGCAUGCGUUGGAGAGGGUCGACAGAAAAAGAAGGGGCAGAGAAGCAGUUGAUGAAGUAUGGGGGCUGACAAAUCAAGCUGCCGCUAUUAAUCUCCAUAACAAUAGGGUCGGCAGAAAAUUAAUAUCGACAAACCUUCGUAUCCAGUGUAAAUGUCAUGGGGUAUCUGGCUCUUGCAACGUGAAAACCUGCUGGAAAGGCAUACCCACCAUGGCCGAGAUAGGUCAGAAAUUACUGCAGAAGUUCACGGUUGCCAAAGAAUUGGCCAGGGCCUAUCUAGAGAAUCGAGGAAAAAAACUGCGAAAAUACGUAGCAUCGGAUCAGUUGGUAUAUAUUUCGAAAUCACCGGAUUAUUGCACUAGAGACGAGAAGCUGGGAAGUUUGGGCACAGUUGGACGGCACUGCAAUGUCUCAUCGUCAGGUCUGGACAGUUGCAGGCAACUUUGCUGCGGUCGAGGAUACCGAACGGUGGUGGAGGAAAAAAUAGAAAGGUGUCUCUGCAAAUUUUUUGAUUGUUGUUAUGUAAAAUGCAAAAUUUGCCGAACAAUGACCCAGGUGCACGAAUGUCUAUAACAAUUAUAAUUUUUGUUACAUUUUUCAAUUUCCUUUAUGAAAGGAACAAUAAAUUUUAUCAUUUCACUCAGGACAGCAAUAUUGAUUUUUGUAUUAGGCCUUAAUACUAAAGACAAUUUGUAAACCCUAGUUUCUACUUAGAAAAUAAAUUAUGUAACCGAAUGUACUGAAAUUAACAAUAGGAAUAUUUAGAAACCCUAUGAUAUACUUACUUACUUAGACUGUGGCACGUUGGCUUUAAUUUAUUUGU